AAUCAACGUUACCACGACGCCGUAAAGCGAGGAAGGGAACUUGCUGCUGGUAGAAGAGAAUCAGAACAGAUAUUUGAAGAUGAGUCGUAGAAAGAAGGCACCUCCAGUUAAGCUGGAUGAAGAAGCAAAGAAACAACACUACUGGAACAUGCAUGAAGAUAGGAGAUAUGAGGACUUCUCCUUGGUGGAAGAUGUAGAUGAUCCUGGACCAAGUACCUCAUUUUCUUUUCUUGAAGUUAAAAAUGCACCAAGUGAUGAAAAUCAGUCAUUGGAUCCCAAACUUGAUAAAAUUCCAACAGAGGCAGAUGAAGCUAUAUGUGCUUUGGAUCCGCUGAAAGUUGAACUCAACCUGGUUGUUUCUCGUCUUCCAGUGGAAGAGUUUUGGAAGGCUUUGCUUGGUGUGUUCAAUCUUCACUUUUCUCCUGGGCAGACUAUAAAUAAAGUUUAUCAGGAUGUCAGUUUUUCAUUGACUAAAACUGACUCAAAGUCAGCUCAUUUGCUUAUGUGUAUUCAUGCAAGAGAUGGGGAGCUAGAUGAAGAAGGAUCAAAAACGGGGUCCAGAAGCAACUAUGAUGAGACGUUGCAUGUGGAAACAACGCUUAGUGAUGAUCUACUAGAAGACUUGAGAUGGCUGCAAAAGAAAAAGCUUAUAGCACUUUACCAAAGGCCUUCAGAAAAUACAAGAAUUGAGGUUGGGGUUUACUUAUUGGAAGCAUGCUUGUCCAAACCAGACUUUAUUAGUGAAGGCAGUGGAAGAAUGAAAAAGGCUUGCAUCCUUAUUCAGAGACUGAUGGAGAAGUUUUAUGAUUUUAUAAUCCCAGAUACCGAGGAGAAUGAAAUGGAAUCAGAUCAGGAGUUAGAGAGGCAAAACAUUGAAGAAUUGUAUGACUACGUAAGGCAAACCCACCAAACAGAAGACAAGGUUUUAAAGGAAGAUGUGCAGCAUCCUGCUUUGAUUCCUGUGCUGCGACCUUACCAAAAUGAGGCUGUGAACUGGAUGCUGUUGAGGGAAAACUUCAAAAAUUUGCGUUCUAAUAAAAGCACUUUGCAUGUAUUAUGGCGGGAAGUCACAACAUUAGAUGGAGUAAAAAUCUACUUUAAUCCUUUCACUGGAUGUAUUAUCAGAGAUUGUCCACAUGCUGGUCAAGAGUGGCCAGGGGGAAUCCUAGCUGAUGAGAUGGGUCUUGGAAAGACAGUGGAAGUUCUGAGUCUGAUCCUUUGCCAUCCACGGAAAGAUGUCAAAAAUGAUGUACUGACACUACCUGAGGGUAAACUAGUGAACUUCUUCAUUCCACCCCCUCCAGCAGAUAAAAAGAAGAGAAAAAAAGAAAAAGAGAGAGACUACAGAAUCAGAAAAGAAAAAGUACAAUACCCGAGUAUGCGAGUCAUGAUACUGGCAGCAGUAAAAGAAAUGAGUUCGAAAAAAGGUGUUUCCUUAAUUGCCAUCUUUAAGUAUAUAACUUCCAUAUACAAUUAUGAUGUCAAGAAAAACAGACGACUUCUUAAAAAGACUUUGGAAAAACUAAUCACUGAAAAAAUAGUGGAACAAAUUAAAGGUCACGGCCUAACAGGCUCUUUCAAACUUGGGAAUAACUACAAGGGACAGAUCCAAGAUAAAACACAAAAACUGAAAACAAAAACUACAAAACCACUGCAACCCUGUCUACCUGAGCUCUGUGAGCAUACGCAGGGAAAUUCUGUUGUGGGCCACGAUAUGCACAUUACUGUAAAAGACCAUAACUAUUGUACACACAUUGUGAAUGGAUUAGCAAAAAAUGGGCAACAAAACACUCGCAAAAGUGAAAGAAAUCACAAGAUUAUAGACUAUAGUUCAAAUUCACCACCUAAUGUAUCUUCAAACGAUGACCGCAUCAUAGAUAAUUUUGAUGGUUCUGCUACUUUUGAAGCCAAGCAGGAAGAUGUACAGGUGGAACUUCACUCUCAGGAAAUAUUUAAUCAAUUUCCUUCUGUCUCCCCAUUCAAUACCUCUGAUUACCGAUUCGAAUGCAUAUGUGGUGAGUUGGGGAUUCUUGAUUACAAGGCCCGGGUUCAGUGCCUGCAGUGCCAUCUGUGGCAACACGCUGAGUGUGUAAAUUAUAAAGAAGAAAACCUGGGUGUCUCGCCGUUCUACUGCCCUCAUUGCCUUGUGGCCAUGAAGCCUGUCUCUACUGGAGCCACCCUCAUCAUUUCUCCUAGCUCCAUCUGUCACCAGUGGGUAGAUGAAAUCAACAGACAUGUGCAAUCAUCGUCACUUCGUGUUAUGGUUUAUCAAGGUGUUAAAAAGCACGGAUUCCUGCAACCCCAGAUGUUAGCAGAGCAUGAUGUAGUAAUUACCACGUAUGAUGUUUUACGUACUGAGCUAAAUUAUGUAGAUAUUCCUCACAGUAACAGCGAGGAUGGAAGGAGGUUUAGGAACCAAAAACGUUAUAUGGCCGUACCUAGUCCAUUGGUUGCAGUUGAAUGGUGGAGGAUUUGUUUAGAUGAAGCACAAAUGGUUGAGUGCACAACAGCUAAGGCAGCAGAAAUGGCCCUGCGACUCACUGGCGUCAACAGAUGGUGUGUGAGUGGAACUCCUGUGCAAAGGGGACUAGAAGAUUUAUUUGGAUUAGUGUUAUUCCUUGGAGUUGACCCAUACUGGGUCAAACACUGGUGGGACCAACUUCUUUAUAGACCGUAUUGUAGGAAGGACCCAUUGCCUCUAUAUCACCUAAUAGCAAAAAUAAUGUGGAGAUCUGCAAAAAAGGAUGUUCUUGACCAGAUUCAGAUCCCACCACAAACAGAAGAAGUUCACUGGCUCCACUUUUCUCCAGUUGAGAGGCAUUUCUAUCACAGGCAACAUGAGGUCUGUUGUCAGGAUGCCCUGGUCAAACUCCGAAAGAUCUCAGAUUGGUCUCUCAAACUAAGUAGCUUGGAUAGGCGAACAGUGUCUUCCAUUUUGUAUCCACUGUUGAGGCUGAGGCAGGCUUGUUGUCAUCCUCAAGCUGUUCGUGGGGAAUUUCUUCCACUACAGAAAAGUACAAUGACAAUGGAAGAACUUCUGACAUCACUACAGAAGAAAUGCCGGACCGAAUGUGAAGAGGCGCAUCGGCAACUUGUUUGUGCUUUUAAUGGGCUAGCUGGAAUCCACAUCAUAAAAGGUGAAUAUCCAGAGGCUGUAGAAUUAUAUAGGGAUGUGUUGAGAUCGUCAGAAGAGCACAAAGAUAAACUGAAAACAGACUCCCUACAAAGACUGCAUUCCACACACAACCUCAUGGAACUCCUGUCUGCAAAGCAUCCUGGAAUCCCACCAACGUUACGUGAUGAGAAACUCGCAGAUGAAGCAAAACAACUCCAACAACACUACAUGAGCAAGUCAAAUGCAGAAGUUUUUGAAGCUCAGCAGGCUUUGCAACCAUUAUUGCAGAAUAUUCGUGAGCUGCAGAGUAAGAUUCAUUUUCCAGCACCCUGGUGGCUUGAUGUGAUUCAGCAUGCAAUCCAGUAUACGAUUGACGAGGAGCUUGUACAGCGUGUGCAAAAUGAAAUUACCAGCAACUACAAGCAGCAAACAAACAAACUGUCUAUGGCAGACAAGUUUAGAGAUUGCAGAGGACUUCAGUAUGUACUUACCACUCAGAUGGAAGAGCUGAAAAAAUGCCAAAAACUUGUCAGAGGAGGGGUGAAGAAUCUAGAAGGACCACCAUCCCAAGAAGUGAUUCAAGCUGCAACAAUUUGUCACCUUCGACCAGCCCGGCUUCCUCUUAAUAACUGCGUCUUCUGUAAAGUUGAUGAAUUAUUCACUGAUUAUGAGUCAAAGCUGUUCUCGCACACGGUUAAAGGCCAAACUGCUAUCUUUGAAGAAAUGAUAGAGGAGGAAGAUGGCCUUGUGGAUGACCGUUUGCCAACAACUAGUCGAGGGCUUUGGGCAACCAGCGAGAUGGAACGUUCCUUGAAGGCUAUAUUGUCCUUUGCUAGAACACACCGUAUGAAUGCAAGGUUGAUUGAUGAAGGAGCCUGCUUCUUGGAGCUAUUUGAAGCUUGGAAAAAAGAAUAUAAGUUGCUUCAUGAGUAUUGGAUGGUUUUGAGAGAUCAUGUUUCUGCCAUUGAUGAACUUGCAAUGGCAACCGAACGUCUCAGAGUUAGAUUACCUGACGAACCAAAACCCAACCCACCUGUUCUUCAUAUCAUCGAGCCACACGAGGUAGAACAGAACAGAGUGAAGCUCCUAAAUGACAAAGCCAUGGCAAAGUCACAGUUACAGAAGAAGCUGGGACAGCUGUUAUAUCUAACAAACUUAGAGAAGUCCCAAGAUAAAACAACAGAUGGAGUGAACCCGGAACCAUGUCCAAUCUGUGCAAGGGAUCUGGGGAAACAGUGGGCGGUGUUGACCUGUGGCCAUUGCUUCUGUAACGAAUGCAUUGCUAUCAUCAUUGAUCAGUACAGUGUGGGCACUCGUAGGAGUGCUAUUAAAUGUGCCAUCUGCAGGCAGACCACAUCACACAAAGAGAUCUCGUAUGUGUUUACUAGUGAGACAGCAAAUGAAGAAAAAGACAUUCCUGUAAAAGGAAGCCAUUCUACCAAAGUUGAAGCUGUGGUUAGAACCUUGAUGAAAAUUCAUCACCGUGAUCCUGGAGCUAAAGCAUUGGUUUUCUCAACAUGGCAAGAUGUGCUAGAUAUCAUUGCAAAAGCUCUUCAAGACAACAGUUUGGUAUUUUCACAGAUCAAUGGGAUCCAGAAGUUUCAGGAGAACAUGUCGGCAUUUAAAUAUGAUCCCAAUAUCAACAUUUUACUCCUUCCUCUGCACACGGGUUCAAAUGGACUCAACAUAAUAGAAGCUACUCACGUACUGCUAGUAGAGCCCAUUUUGAACCCAGCACACGAGCUUCAGGCUAUUGGUCGAGUACACCGAAUUGGCCAGACUAAAGCUACGAUUGUUCAUCGCUUCUUUAUAAAAGCAACCAUUGAGGAAAGGAUGCAUGGAAUGUUAAAAACUGCUGAUAGAAGUCACACAAGCACAUCAAUGAAGCAGUCUGAAGCAUCUGUGUUGACCGUAGCAGAUCUGGCCGACUUGUUCACAGAAGAGAGAGAAUCCCUGGAAUGAAUGCCAGGGAUGGCCAGUCAAUG